AUGGGUCAUUCACUGGGUCCAGUUAAUUCGCCGAAGCCUGCCACGGCCACCUGGUAUCAGUUGGCUGGCUCCGGGGGAGGGAAUCUCGGCGAGCUGAUUCCCGCAGUCAAGGAUAAUUGGGUGAAGGUUCUGGAGGGCUCAGGGCCUGUUCUCGGUGAGCUGUGGUACCUGAACCGAUUCGCCGGCGAGGCCUCUACUCGAAGAGCGGGCCAUGGAGUGCUUAUUAAGUAUAUCCCCUUAGUGGCCUCGAUUGAUGUCAUCCAUUUGUCAAUGCCCACAAUGCCCCCUCCGAGCGGCACGGGGGUCAUCCAAGCCAUUUUUAAUGUAUAUGUGGAAUGA